UGAGAUUUGGGACAUGCUUCCUCACGAUGUUGGCUCUGAUGAUAUUGCUGACGGUUACCAGUCCAUAGGUGAAGAAUACCUCGCCCUCAAUGCGCUGGCCUACUUCGAGAAAGCACUUGAUAUCUCUAGAAAGGGGGAGUGCCUCGAAAAAUUCAUUGAGCUCCGUGCGGCGGAUAAAGUCUCGGAGAGCAAUGAGCAAAAUAUACAGCACUCCAAAAGAAUGGGCACCGCAUCUGAUGAUGGACUUCCCCGCGACAUUCAUGCAGGGGAACUUCCCAGUGCUAUACUUACAAUCCUUGGUUAGUAGGGUCUACGGUACCCAUCCUCUGAUCAAGGCCAUUCAAGCUGGGCCAGGUACUGCAGAUGCCGAGUGCCAUAUUCGGUUACUGGAAAGAAUCACCAAACGUAGGGUGGUCCACAUGGAACAUGUCUCUGAAUUGGCUGCCAACAACGGCCAUUCUCGGUUUGUGGUAUCAUCGAAUCAAUGAGCAGGAGAAAGCCAGGGAAUGUCUCCUCCCAUUUGCCAGGCAGUUCAAAUUCUCUGAUACCGACGUACUAAGCACCUAUUUUGCCAGCUACAUUUUUGCAACGAUUUUACUCGUGAUGGGGGAUGAUGCCACCGCGGCGGCUAUCCUGCACAAUGCUGUUUACCCGGGGGAGACUGCUUGGAGCCGCGAAGCUCGGUGUGGGUUGGAGCCCACAACCUGGGCAGGUGCCAAUCUCUGCCGGGACUGUGCAGUUGGUCUGUUUGAUGAUUGCCUGCGACUCGUGAAGGAGAGGCAACCGAUGAGGGUCAACAUCUGCAGUCCAGAUCACUCCUGGGUUUGCAUCCCGGGUUCAUCGACAACCCCAGGGCCUGACGAUGUGUGUGUUGAUGACCAGAUUACGAUCCAAGGUCUAAAAAAUAGAAUCAAGAAGCAGUGGGGGCUGUGAAGACUCGAAUGAUAGCCGGUCUUGGCUGUCGGUGUACAGCAACGUUACUACUACCAAACCUGAUCCUCUUCUUGGAAAUAGAUUAGAUUAGAUUGGAUUGGUAUA